GCGGUGAGGUCGCCUCCUAGCGGCCACAGCAAGGAGUCCGCAAGCAGCAGCCCUCGGCUGACCCUCGGGUCGCCGGGGUCAUGGGCACCUCUGAGACCGCACCGCCGCCGUUCGCGCGCGUCGCCCCCGGGCUCUUCAUCGGGAACGCGCGAGCCGCGAGCGCGACGGAGCUGCUGGUGCGCGCGGGCAUCACUCUGUGCGUCAACGUCUCCCGCCAGCAGCCCGGUCCGCGCGCGCCCGGAGUGGCCGAGCUGCGCGUGCCCGUGUUCGACGACCCAGCGGAAGACCUGCUGACGCACCUGGAGCCCACCUGUGCCGCCAUGGAGGCCGCGGUGCGCGACGGCGGCGCCUGCCUCGUGUACUGCAAGAACGGCCGCAGCCGCUCGGCCGCCGUCUGCACGGCCUAUCUCAUGCGCCACCGCGGCCACAGCCUGGAGCGCGCCUUCCAGAUGGUGAAGAGCGCUCGCCCGGUAGCCGAGCCCAAUAUGGGUUUCUGGGCUCAGCUGCAGAAGUUUGAACAGAACCUCCAGGCCCAGGCCCUCCUGCCCCGGGAACCCGCUGAUCCCGAGUAAGACGCUCCCUUCAGCGGCUGGGUGGCCAGGUGUCUUCACUGCAAGGCGUUCCUUCCCUCUUUUCAAUAGGCAGUGGCCUCGGGUUUUGCCCCCUCUUGGUGGCAGUCCAGGAGUGUCUACUGAAGAGGGGGGCUUCAUUUAUUCAUCAGGUUUGGGUCAAAUACAAACCAGCGAAGUUUUAGGUAGAGAACUCGCGUUAGGGAUCGAUGAGUCUGGGGCGCCUACGAGAGUUGAUAGGGAGUGACAGAUCAGAGUCCUAGCUUGCUGCCUCCUCCCAGGGAAUGCCUGGCCUUGCAGGCAGAACUUCUUCUUGCCCCCUGGACUUCUUUCUUGUCCCUUCUUAGGCAGGGGCUUAGAGUCUCCCAGCAGGAGGUCCGGGGCCCACCAUCUUUAAUCUUACAGCUGCUGUGCGGUGGGAGGAGGGCAUCUGCCCACCUCCCCACCGCCUUACUUAACCUGUAUCAAUGCCUAGCAUUGUCAAGCUGCCAUUAUACGCUGUGAACCAUCCUCGCCGACUGGCAGGCAGGCCCGUCAGUUGUCACCUUGCGUUGCUUGCUCGUCUAGUUCAGACACAGCCUCUUAGACACUGUUUCCAGGGCUUAAGAGCCCUGGAAACUUAGUUACGAUUUAAAGAAGUAGUGAGGGAAGAGCAAAGAAAAACCUGGGCUAGGUGUGUGAAUUACAGAUGUGUGGCCACUGGUAAAUUUGCCAACAAAUAUGAAUCCCUGAAUAAAAUCCCAGAGUUGAUA